AGCCGUGUAAGAUUCAAACUGGAUAUUGAUCCCUGUUCUCGUUCUCAGCGGUCGAGGGCUGGCAUUUCUUUCCCGCGAAUGUCAGGGCAGAAUACUACAGUGCUUCUGAGAGUACAGCAAUCAAAGUCUAGAAAAGGCAUGAAUAAACAAAGAUAAAAUGGCAAAGUCAUCAAAGAACCUGAUUUCCUGUUUGCAGCAGAGUGGUUUGAUACUUCUGCAUUUUAUAUGCUACUGAGAGGAAAAGAUGAGAACAACAUCUGUGAAGUACCUGCUUGACCUGAGGUGUGGAUUUACACUGAUACCACUACAACUUUCUGCUCUGUUCUGUAUGAGGUCAAGAUGUCCACUAUACCUUUUACCAGCAUGAUCGCCUGGAUUGUUCUUACUGCAUUUCAUGUUAUUCAGAACCCCAGUUCAGCAGCAGAAACCAUUUCAGAGCAACAGAGAUUCCUACACAAAACUGUGCACGAAAAUGCCAAGGUGCCUUGUGACUUCCCAGUUCACAGAGAAACUAUUACAAAGUUAAAUGCCUACCUGCUGAGAGGAGUAGAAAGAGAAACACUUUAUGAAGUAAAUUGGAACAACUCCAAAACUGAGGUCAAGAUAAACAGCUCUGAAUACAAGUUCGACAUCACUAUUGCAAACAAAGAAUAUUAUGCAGUGUUUCACUUGAGGAACUUGCAGAUCAGUGACACAGACAGUUACAUCUGCAAGAUUGACGUGAUUGACCCACCACCAUAUGGAACCAACAGCAGCAGGACUUUAAUUUAUGUGAAAGAUCUUCCGCAGUCUCAAGAAAAGGCAGAUUACUUGAACGUGGCAACAGGGAUUCCACUUGGAUUUUUUGUUUUGUACAGUGUGAUAAUCACAGCAGCCGUUUGCUACUGUUGGCUGAAAAGCAAGAAAAAUAGGGUCCUUCAGAAGGACUAUUUUAACAUGAUGCCCUGGCAAUCUAAUGGACCAAGGAAAAGGCCCCCCCAGCUUGGUGUUCCAGUAAGGAACUACACUGCAUACCGUUCAUGGGAACCUUGAUGAAUAACUUCUCUAUGGUGGAAAUAAGAACAGCCUAGCCACAGCAAAGUGAGACUGUUUUCGAAGAGACAUAUCUUGCUGUUCUUAGAUCUGUGAAGGACAAAAGCUCUUUGUAAGCAACGUUUCAAGUUGGGUAGGAAAGAAGAAAUUAGCAACAUUACGUUGGAAACAGGGGGAGGUGAGAUCACCCCCCCCCUUUUAAGCAAAUGAUGGUUCCAACUGCAUUUCUGAUCUUUCUACUUUUGUCUUAACAGAAGGUUUAUAAAGAUCACAUUCAAACUCUGGCAAAGAGCAGAGGUAAAAAAUCUGUCAUCUUUCAUAUCAAAGAGAAAAUGCUGAAUUUAUGGAUUAAACAUACACUUAAGAAACAAGAAGCAUCCAGCUUGGUGGGAUUGGGACUAUAAAGAACAGUUUUCUAUUGGAAAUGAAGGGUGGGAUUAGCUGGAAAGGUUUGCAAUGCUGUGCAGAGCAGCCCCAUUUCUUUUUAUGAACAAAUGAUGCUUUCUGCUAAAACAAUUAACCUGAAAAUCAUUUCUGGAAGACUUGAAGGACUAGUGGAAAAUGCUGCCAAUAUUUUCAGUGAUGUACAGAUCUCCAUUGAUGUACUUGUAUAAGCAAGAUGCUGACAAAGAAUUGGAGAAGCGGUAGUGAAUAAUUAGUGUAAGUAAUUUAUUGGUUAUCCAAAUGGUUCCAGUUCCCGCUGUAAGUAGGAGUACUUUUCUUUCUUGAUAUCAGAUAUCAGCUGAGUACCAAAAUGCUGGUAUGCACAUAGUUCUAUGAUUAUAGCAAAGAUUAAAAGUGUUAUUACUUUGCCUGAUUCUAUUUCCCCAGUUAAUUCAAUGGGCAUGUAGAUUCAAACCCAUCUUCAACCCCUGGAUAGCUUUGUGUGAGUCUCAGCCCAAUUACCUCACAGAAUUGUUGUAGGACAGGUGUGCAAAACAUGUGGCCAGAAGCCAGACUUUCUGCAUCCCUCAGAGCAGAUGGAGCCAUCAUCAGCAACCUUAUUAUGGUCAUUCAAGCAGAAAUGGCACACUGGAAUUGUUUAACAUAUUACAAACCUAUGGAUGUGUAAGUCUCCCUUUCUGUUAUAAGCCAGCAAUAAAAUAUAUCAAAUGACUUAAAUCCUGACAUCUCUCUGUCAUACUAAGCUUAUAUACAAGUCAUAACAGAUACUCAUUACUGAAAGUUAUACAAAUUAUUUAGUAGAUCAGAAAUAAACCUCUGAGGAGUUGACUAAAUGUUAUCUUAUAGAAUUGGCUGACGCACAAGAUUUGGCAAUUCUUUAAAGAUCACUCAGGAGGUAUAUAAUGCAUUCCCCAUCCUAGUUUAGCAUAUUCAUAAUAACAGACAUAAUGUAAAUAGAUUAUGUUUUUUUCUAUGAAAGGAACAGUGCAGCAAUAUAUGUUCUACUGACUCAGUCUCCCACCACAAGAUCAAAAAUACCACUCAUACAGGAUUUUCAAAACUCGUCUUGCCAAAAUUGCUUAUGGAAUAGUAUUAAAUCUGCCAGAAUAAACUUUUUUGUUGUUGUGGAAUGCUGAUAUAUGACAAACUGAUAUGAAACUGCUCUUAACAUUCAAUAGAAGGAGUAUUGGGGGUGUGUGUGACACUUGAGUGUUUAUAGAUCAAAAUCUUGACAUUGCUCUUUAAUCACUUCCUUGGACUUCUUUAGAUCUAAAAUGGUCAUAACUUCUGGUGAAAAACCACAAUGAUGGAGUUUUUUCCAACAGGGCUAUUUUCAAGCUAUCUUUCAAGCAAUCUUCCAGAACUAGUGGAAUUAGCUCAAGUGGGGAAAAAAUAGGUUUAGCCAAAGAUUAAAAUAGCAUAAACGUGAUCUGGCCUCAUUGUCACUAAUCAUGUUUCUAACUCCAAAGUGGCAUUAGCCAUACAUUUGGGAAUGGGCUAAAUUGAUUGCAGACAUUUAAACUGAACAGUCUCUAAUGGACCAUAGUCUUUAAUAGUGUAGGCUGAAGUACCAUAUUUUAGCAGCUCUAAAAUACCAUAGGAAUAACUUAACCAUCUUCUUCCCCACCACAUUUUUGGAGAGCAGUGGCCAUUCUUCAGCAAGUUUUUGACAAGUAUUUAAAUUUUUUUUUUUCACUUUUUGACCUCCCCUCCUCCCCAUUUUCCCAUCUUUGGGAAUUUAGGGGAAAGUUCUGGAGCAAAUAGGUCCAAAGACUUGAAACAUCCAUUUUACCCCUUCAGAUGUUCAUCCUGUCUCCCAUAUAGGCCCUUGCCCUGUCUUCUUUUAAGAGAGAUGCUACCCUCGAACCAACAAAUGCUUCCUCUGUAUUAUGCAAUGAUGUGAAUACUAAUAUCAAACAAAGUCCAUCUAGCAUUCAUAUUCCCUGAUUUAACCCUAUAUCAAAAUUUCAUGCCUGAAAAAAUGUAUG